UGCCUUCCCUCAUGCAGGUGACAGCCACAGAUGCAGACAGUGGCACGUUUGGCUCCCUGUCCUACUCCAUCGGUUCUGGCAUUGGCAGUGUUGUCCCCACGCAGUUCAGCAUCGACAAGCACACGGGGCAGCUGUGCACUGUGCAGCCUCUGGAUCGUGAUGAGGGCACGUCUGCCUACGAUUUCACCAUCACUGCUGUCGAUGGGGGUGGCCUGAACUCCAUGGUGUACGUGAAGGUUUUCCUGGAGGACAUAAACGACAACCGGCCGGUGUUUUACCCGCUGGAGUAUGCUGCCAGCAUCAGCACACAGAGCAUGCCGGGUACCGCUGUGCUGCGUGUCACUGCCCACGACAAGGAUGAGGGGCUGAACGGGAGAGUGACCUACCGCAUUGUCCUGGGAAACUCACCCCCUCUCUUCUCCCUCAACAAGGACACAGGUGUCAUCUCCCUCUCAUGGUCUCUGAGUGGUAAAGCCAACACCCUGGUGCAGCUCGUGAUCUCUGCACAAGAUGGUGGGGGCCUCCAGGCACAGCCAAACGCCCGGGUGAACAUCAGCAUCGUGGAGGGCACGGUCUCACCCCCUGUCUUUGAGCAAGCUCAGUACUUCUUCACAGUGCCUGAGGACAUGCUGCAGGGUGCCAAUGUGGGGGCUGUCCGGGCCCAGAACCCUCCAGGUCAUGCCGAUGACAUCUUUUAUUCCAUCUCCUCGGGGGAUCCUCAUGGCUACUUUUCCAUCGACUCUGCCUCCGGGCAGCUCCGCACCAGCCUGCCCCUUGAUCACGAGUCCCAGGCAGUCCUCAUUCUGGAUGUCCAGGCCCGAAGCGGUUCACCUCCUGCCUAUAGCAACACCCGUGUGAAAAUCUCUGUGUCAGAUGUGAAUGACAACGUGCCGGUGUUCCCAGCCCCUUCCGACUCCAUCCUGCUGCCGGAGGCCACGGAACCUGGGACCACAGUGUACACUUUGCAGGCAGAGGACCAUGACAGUGGUGCCAACGGUCAGGUGAAUUUUGAGCUGGUGUCAGGAGGUGAUGGCACCUUCAGUGUGGAGCGCUCCUCGGGGGCAGUGCGACUGAUCGGGGCCCUGCAAUAUGAAGCCAGCGCAGCCUACCGGCUGGCCAUUGUGGCCCGAGAUGGUGGCGUUCCCCAGCUCAGCUCCACGUUCACGCUGCUGGUGCAUGUGCAAGCCGAGCAUGACAACGGGCCCAUCUUUGACACACUCACGUACCGCGUGGAGGUGCAGGAAGGUGUGCCGGUCUCCACCCGCUUCCUGCAGGUGCGGGCCCUGGCACGCGAUGCAGAAUCCGUGACCCUUACCUACCACUUGCGUGCAGACGGGGAUGCAGCCAGCUUCGGCAUCGUGCCUGAGAGCGGCUGGCUGUACGUCAAAAGCGCGCUGGACCGGGAGACGCGGGACCUGUACGUGCUCACAGUGCUGGCCUCGGCGGGAGGCAGCGGUGCAGGGGGGGAAGCCCGGAAAACAGGCACCAGCACUGUACGGAUCAGCAUCACCGAUGAGAACGACAACAGCCCCCGGCUGAGCGAGGAGCGUUACUUUUUCACUGUUCCUGAGAAUCAGGCUCCUGGUAGCAGCGUGGGGAGGGUGAUGGCAAGCGACCGGGAUGCUGGACAGAACAGCCGGCUCACCUACCGCCUGCUCCAGCACGAUCCGAACUUCCUUAUCCACACGCAGACAGGGGAGCUCAGCACCAAGCGUAGCCUGGACCGGGAGCAGCAGUCCAGCUACCAGCUCUUGGUGAUCGUGCAGGAUGGGGGAGCACCACCCCGCAGUGCCACAGGAACCGUCUAUGUCACCGUGCUGGAUGAGAACGACAAUGCUCCUGCUUUUCUUCACGUGGCCAGUGGUCAGGAGCUGCCCGUGCAGGUGCUGGAAGAGAAGCCAUCGGGACUUCUAGUCGCCUCCCUGCAGGCCAAGGACCCUGACGAGGGUGAGAACGGGACCAUCAUCUACUCACUGAUAGGAGCCUGGGCAGAGCGUUUCACGCUGCACAUGGCUACUGGAGAGCUGCGGACCGCCACAGUUCUACGCCGCUCUGACCGCGCCGAGUACGUCUUCACUGCGACCGCCAGUGACCGGGGCACGGUGCCUCGCAGUACGUCGGCCAUCAUUCGCAUUCAGGUACUGCCGUCCUCCCGAGUGCUGCCACGGCCUGAUGCCACUGUGCUGACCCUGCACCCGCUCGAGGGGGUCAAGCCGGGGUCUGUGAUCGGCUCAGUGGCACCCCCAGAUGCCCCCGCACGAGGACAGCUGACCUACACAGUGGUAGGAGGUGGUGGGGAUGGCACCUUUGUGGUUGACAGUGUGACGGGGGAGAUUUACGCCGCCCAGGAACUGGACUAUGAAGCUGGGGCACGGCACGUGCUUCAGGUGAGCGCUGAGGACACGCGGCACGGCUAUCCCUCCAGCCGACUGGUGCUGGUACAGAUCCACGUACAGGACUGCAAUGACCAGGCGCCCACCUUCCCUGAAGACCCCAUCACCAUCGUGGUGCCCGAGAAUGCCCAGGCUGGCUCGUCCAUCUUCACCUUCCAGGCGCUGGAUGGGGAUGGCGUGGGUCCCAAUAGCCAAGUGCGCUACGCCCUGCUGCACCAGGAGCCCCCCGGGGCUCCCUUCCAGCUUGAUGGCCGCUCAGGGCUGCUGACCCUUCGCCAGGGCCUUGACCGGGAGGCAGCUGCCUCCUUCCUCCUGGUGGUGGAGGCCACGGACCAGGCCCGCAACGUCAGCCAGCCCCCCGUGUUCCUCCCCCCCGCGGCCGUCAGCGUCAUGGAGGACCAGCCGACAGGGUUCGUGGCGCUGCAUGUGGUGGCCCAGGACAACGAUUUGGGAGAGAACGGGCGCGUGAGCUACUUGUUGCGAGCAGGCAACAGUGACGGCCGCUUCCACCUCAACCCCAGCACUGGCGCGCUCUCCGUUGUGCGGGCCCUGAACCGGGAGGAGGUGGUGCAGCACAACCUGACGGUGGUGGCCAUGGAUCACGGUUUCCCGCGCCGCUCCGCCACACAGUUACUGUCCGUGCUGGUGCUGGACGUCAACGAUGAGGCUCCCACUUUUGAGAAACCUGAGUAUGAAGCGCACAUCAUGGAGAACUUACCGGCUGGCAGCCCUGUGCUGCAGGUGCUGGCCACGGACCGGGACCUGGGUGCCAACGGGCAGGUCUCCUACGGGGGUCUCUCUGGGGGGCCAUUCUCCAUCCACUCGCAGACGGGGCUUAUCGUCACCACACGUGCCCUGGACCGCGAGGAGCAGGAACAGCACGUGCUGAUGGUCUACGCACGGGAUGGUGGCCUGCCCCCCAACCUCUCGAAGGCAACAGUGCGGAUAACAGUAGGGGAUGAGAAUGAUCACGCGCCGCACCUCGAGAGCGAGUCCUGCUCUGUGGAGGUCCCCGAGAACCAAAGCCGCGUGGCUCUCUACACCCUGCGGGCCACCGAUCCCGACGGAGGCGAGAACGGGCGCUUGGAAUACCGCGUGGCAGAUGGAGACCCCGGGCAGGAUUUCAGCCUAGACCCAGUCUCCGGUGUCCUCUCCACUGCACGUGCCCUUGACCGGGAGCAAGUUGCUGCCUACAGCCUCACAGUGGUGGUGCAAGACCACGGCACCCCACCGCGCAGUGCCACCAUGUCAGUGAACGUGCGGGUGUUGGACCUAAAUGACAACGCGCCUGGUUUUGCUCAGGCCGCCUAUGUGGUGGAGGUGCCAGAGGACUUGCCUGUUGGUGCCCUGGUGCUGCAGCUGGUGGCGGAGGACCCCGACGAGGGCACCAAUGGGCAGGUCUCUUACUACCUGGGCAACGAGUCACUCGGCAUGUUCCAGGUCGAGCCGCAGAGUGGGCGCAUCAGAAGUGCCCAGGCGCUGGACCGGGAGCGCCAGCCCAGUUACAGCUUCCUGGCCAAGGCUGUGGACUCAGCACCAUGGGAGCCCAAGAGCGCCGCUGUGCGUGUCACCGUCACGGUGCGGGAUGUCAAUGACCAUGCCCCUGCCUUUCUGCACAGCCCGCUCACCGUCAACCUGUCCCGCCACACGCCGCUCAAGCAGCUCGUGGCCACCAUGAGGGCAGAGGACAGGGAUGGAGGUGCCAAAGCAUCCAUACUCCAGCGCCGGCGCACGCUCUUCAUCCUGGCCACAGACCUGGGCCAACCGGCGCUCUCCUCUACCGGCGUGGUGGUGAUCCAUGUGCAGGAAGAGCCCUACCGGGGGCUGCGCUUUCCUCGCAGCACCAGUGAUGUGGCCCUGCCAGAAAAUGCUGCCCCAGGCACUGCUGUGGCAAGCAUCCAGGCUGUGCACACAGGGGGCUCCUCCGGGCGCAUCACCUACAGCAUCGUCAGUGGCAAUGAGAAGAAUACUUUCCUUAUCCAGCCCGGUUCAGGUGCCAUCUCUGUUCAGGACUCCAGCAGCCUGGAUUUCGAGGCCAGCCCCCGGCUGCGCCUGGUGGUCCAGGCAGAGACAGCAGCUUCCUUCGGCUUCAUGGCCAUAAACCUUAACCUGCAAGAUGUGAAUGACAACUUGCCACGCUUCCAGCUGCAGAACUACGUGGCAUUCAUCUGGGAGUCACAGAGCUACGACUCGCCCGUCAUCCAGGUCCUGGCAGAUGAUCUGGAUCAGGGAGCGAAUGGGCAGGUGACCUACGCCAUCAACCAGUCCCUGCCGAUGACGGGUUUGUACCACAUCGAUCCUCAGACGGGCACUAUCACUACUGCUGCCAUCCUGGACAGGGAGAUCUGGUCCCAGACCCGGUGA